AUGCAGUUGAAGAUCGGUAUAGACAAAGCUGUCGUCGCUGCUGUUGAUGCGAUUACCGCACGGAGCCGUGCUGUUAAUACACAUGAGGAGAUUUUACAGGUAGCCUCAAUCGCAGCCAAUGAUCCCGCAAACGACAGUAAUAUCGGUGCUACCGUCGCUGAAGCUCUUGAAAAAGUUGGAAAAGACGGGCUAUCACUAUUGAGGAAGGCAACACCUCAGAAACGGCCGUUGAUAUUGUUGAAGGCAAAGGUGGUCGAAUUUGCGAAUCCUUAUAUUCUCAUCAAUACCGAGAAAAUUUCCACAGUGACGGAUCUUGUGCCAAUUAUGGAGAAGGCGAUGCAACUCGGCAGACCCUUGUUCAUUAUCGCUGAGGAUAUUGAAGGGGAGGCACUCUCUACAUUGGUGGUGAAUAAACUUCGUGGCAACCUUCAAGUUGCCGCCGUUAAAUCCCCGGUUUCGGGUGAUCGACGUAAAGAGAUGUUAGAAGACAUCGCGAUUUGA